UCUACUUGUUGUUUCGCUUUUGCUUAUUGCAUUAUUUAUACGCUCGCAUUUACUUUCUUGGGCGCUACUCACGCACACGCACACAAGCUAUAAACAAAACGUGCACGCAGACAGCGACAAUAUCAACAAUAGCAAAAGCUACAAAAACAACAGCAACUACAAGGUGUCGCAUUGGUGACAAUUUGCGCCUACUGCAACACUCUCGGUCUCGGUCUAAGCCGCUCUCGCAGUCGGCGCUGUCGCAGCAGCAGCGCCAAACGCGACCGCAUUCUCAGUCAAACAACAAUCGCAACUGAAGUAACAACGGUGUCCGCGUCCCGUCCGCGCUAAUAAUAAGUAUUUGCCAGAGAGGCCCCCGCGCAGCUCACGCCCUCCGUAAAUCGCAAGUGCUAUUAAGAAAUAAGAAGAAGCAGCAGCUGAAAAGUGCUUAAAGUAAACGCAUACACGAAAUAUUGUGCAAAAGCUUUGCCAAAAGAGCGCCAAGUGCAAGCGACUUGAAGUGUUUCUGUCUCUGUCGCUCUGCCCGAAAGUGAUGAAAUUGUUGUUGCCGCAUUCAGUCGGAGUGUGUUGUUGUGCUUAAUGUUGCGUCUGCCAACGCGCGAGCAGUGCGUCGAGUGGCUGCAGUGCAUCCUGGUGCUGAUCCUGCACGUGUGGAGCUUUUGCAGCAUGUCGCUAACACGCAGUCGUCAAACGACGCUCAAAUGGAUUAAAAAGCGUUUGGCGCUGCCGCGUCGACGUCAACAGCAGCAGCAGCAGCGGACUGACACAAACAAGGCAACAGCAGCAACAACAACAACUGCAACAAACGGCGACCCAGGAGCCGAAUUAGUGGAUCAGGGCCAUUUAAGCGAGAUCUUGGUGCUGAGUGACACUCAAAUCGAUGGCCAGGCCGCGACGGCGGCGCCGCUAGCAGUGGCCAUCGACAUGGACAACAUGAACACGGACAUGGACACGGACACGGACACGGACACGGCCAACAACAACAGCAACAACAACGACAUGAACGAGGCCAGAGCUGGCCACACAGCGCCAAUAGCGCGCGACGAGUUUGUAGAGGAGCUGGAAGAGGAUGAGGCGCAACUGGAGACGAUGCAGCAGCAGCCAGAGCAGGCGGAGCAGCUGUCGGCGCUGGCCAAACCAAAUGCUAAUUAUGUGUGCUGUCAAUGCCCAGCAACAGCAACAACUGUGAACCGCAGCAAGUCGCGGGUACGCAGCUAUCUAAAGAAAUGCAAGCAACGCCUAACGGGUCAGCAGAGCAGACCAGCGACAACAGCAACAACAGCAGCAGCAACAAAUGCAACAACAGCAGCAACAGCAGCAACAACAACGACAACAACAACAAUUACAAUGAUCAAGAACGAAGGAACAGCACCCACAAUAGUGCAGAUAGAGUGCGAAGAGGAGACUGCCGAGACUAAAGAGGAGAAAGAGGAGGAGCAGGAGGAGCAGGAUGAGGAGGAGGAGGACUCCAGCUGUGGCAGCAGAGAUUCAGCCAGCGCAUAUAUCGACUGCAUGCCGCUCGACUUGAGUCUGCGUCGAGCGCCUGCCGCGCCGCAGGAGUCCAGCAGCGAUGCCAACAGCAGCGACUGCGAAACAGAAAAGGAGCUGAGGGUGCCACAGGAGCAGCAAGAGGUGCACGAGGUGCAAGAGGAGCAGCAGGCUGGCCAGCCCACUAACAUGGGCCCUUUUUCUCUUUUUGGGGCGUACUUAAUGUGCCCACAGCAGGCAAUUGUAACUGGAACUGGAGCUGAAGCUGGAGCUAGGAGUGCGACGGAGCUGACUGUGGAUGUGGAUGUCAUGCUGGCUGAACUGAUUGACAGGCAUCUGUCGCACAUUUAUCCCAUCUACUGGGCACGCACGCGUGCGAUUUUAAUGCGCCAGGCACGUGAGCUCCUCCUAGGCCAUUUCGAGGGCUGCCUGCCCAGUUUCGAGCAGCGAUACCUAUGCAAAUUUGCGCAAAUUGCCGCCAAGCUGCGCGCCACUCAUCAAAUUGGCGAGUCCUGGUUAUGGCAUGCCGGCUGGCCGCUGGCCACAUCCAAUGGAGCGCUCGUACUGCAGCUGAGCGACUCUGAAAUCGUGCACGCACUUCAACCAGCCGAGCUCUACCUGUGUGUCAAAUUGGAUUCUGACGCAGAGGCCACACCGCAGCUUUAUGUCGUUUGGCGCUCGUCCCAGCAGCAGCAGCAGCAGCAGCAGGAGCAAGAGGGGAGUCAGGGACAGAGUCACUGCCUACAUAUCGAUUACAAUAAUUCGCAACAACAGACACUGAGCGUGCUUCAGCUAGAGAUGUCUAUGGCGGCAAUGGCAGCAACAGGACACGCACAGAGUCCGGGCCAGGGCCAGGGCCAGGGCCAGGGGCAGGCUAACGAUGGCAUCGAGUUGCCGCAGCUGCUGCAGAAUCUGCUUGUGAGCGUGGAGCGCAGUAUUGAGCGCGUGUCGCUAAACGAGCUGCAGAUGCCGCUCGCCCUGGGCGAGGAUCAGCUCGAUGAGGCCAACAAUAACAACAGCAAUAACAACAGCAACAGCAAUAGCAACAACAUUGGGUCGCCAAAGUGCGCGCUGAGGCGCAGCGAUUUAAUUACCAAAAACAAACUGUUCAACAAUCGUUACAUGCUCCGGCGCCUGACCAAUCGGCAGGACAGUAUGAACUCCACCUCGUCGGGCAACAGCAAUGCCAGCGAGCGCAGCAGCUCCAGCGGCAGCAGCAGCGCCGGCGAGGAGCUCCACAACCACUUGAAUAUCAACAGCAACAACAACAACAACAGCAACAAUAACAACAAUAACAACGCGGAGCUUAAGGCAUCCACAUCGCCCGCCUUGCCGCUGUUUUGUCUGGGCAACUCAUUUCCGCACAUUGACAGCGACGAGGAGGCAAGCGAUGCGGCAACCGGCGGCGAGAAGCGCCAAGCGCUGGCGAACAGCGAGUCGCAGCCGGAGCCGUCGUCGCCAAUGGAUACGGAGACUGAGACGGAACUGUUGCCGCCCAACUCGAUCAGCGAAUUGCCCGAGAAACUGUUGAACAGCGGCGUCUAUUUGCCAGGCACACGCACCCUCCAAGGCAACCCACUUGUCCAUGUGGAUGCGGACGCCGUUGCCGUCGCGGGCCUCAAUUGCUAUGAGCUGGCCACACUGUUGCUUUACUACAGCACCAUACCGGAGCGCAGCAUUGCCCAUAAAAGUGCACAACAGCAACAGUUGCAGUUGCAGUCGGAGCAGCAGCAGCAGCAGCAGCAGCAGCAACAGCAACAACUGAAACCCGCCCAGCAAACAUUUACCAUUUUAAUUGCCAUCGAGAAGUCGCAACAUUUAUGCGUAAUCGACUUAAUUUGCCAAAGCCUCAAAUUGUUAAGCAAGCAAAUUGGCAAUUGUGAAAUCUUGGCCGUUUGCCUCGAUGCGAAUUUGCUGCAAUUGUGCAACCAGCAGCAGCAACAGCAGCAGCAACAGCAGCAACAGCAGCAGCAGCAGAACAGCAGCAAUAGCUGUGAUCAAACGGAGCAGUCGCAGCAGCAGUCGCAGCCGCAGUCGCAGUUGCAGUCGCAGCCAUCGCAUUUGGUUAAAUUCAUUAGCGUGGACCAAGUCACGACAAGUGUUGCGCCAUCGCAUUUGCCGAGCGGCGCGCUCCGGGGCCAGCAUCAUCACGACGCGCGCAAGUGGCGCGAGUUCUUUGCCCAGCUGGAGGCGUUCCAGCGUCAAUGUUCGGCGGCCGGCGGUCGUCUGGUUGGCGCUUUGAGCGACAUACGCGCCGCCGAUCUGUUGGGUCUGCCGACGCGCCGUCAGCUUUAUGGCCAGCAUCGUGCCCUCAGCCGUGCCCUUAUGGACUCGCAGCUGCACAAUCUGCGCAAGCACGGCGCCACCCAGCUGGUGCGCCUUCAGGCGGCGGCCAGUGCCAUCAAUGCGCCGCCAGCCACAGCUGCGCCAACGCCAGCGCCAGCAGCUCCAGAUCCAACUGCCUACCAUUUGGAUGCGGCCCAUAAACUGCGUAAGGUGACGCUGCUCUACAGCGAGGUGGAUCGAGCUGCACAGCGUCUCGAGCAGCUUACGGAGCAGCGACGCGAGCGCCUGCGCCAACUGACGCGGCAGCGCGCCCUGGAGGAUGAGAUCAACGAGGUCACCUCUUGGCUAGGCAAUGACGGCGCUGAAAACUUGCAAAAAUUCGCACAGCUUCAGUUGGACAACGAGGCGCAGCUGAAGGCACAGGAGCUGGAAUUCGAGAAAUACUAUUUCAUAGCCAGGAAACACUUGGCCAAGGGUCGCGACCUGCACUUGGCUGCCCAGAAGAUAGCCGUACUGAGCGAGAGCGCACGCAACUUGAAGACGGCGCUGGAUCAGUUUGCAGAGAAGCUGGAGAAGACGCGGGAGCGCAUUGAGGGCGGCGCACGGUUGCUGCACUUGCUGACGCAGCAUCAGCGCGAAACAGCCGCGUUAGAGGAGCUGCAGCGCCUGGCCGCGGAGCUGGGCGCCACGGCGCUCAUAGACAAACAUUUGCCGGCCAUGCACAGGGCCAACUCCCAGCCGGGAGCGAGCAGCACGCCCGCUCAGGCUGCCACAAAGCGUGGCAGCUAUCGCUGCAGCUCCGGCAAUGGCAGCUCCUUUGAGGGUGCAACCGGCGGCAGCCACUGCAGCUGCUGGCGCGAGAGUCGCAAUCUGGAGGACAUGGAUGAGCCAGAGGAGGAGCACGAUCAGGAAUGCGAUGGCGAUGCCGAUGCCGAUGGCGAGGAGCAGCAGUCCAAGAUAGCCGAUUCCGGUGUCGGCGUCUGCGACAAUUGCGAACGCAAUCCGAAGCUGGCCCGCAUUUGCAGCUGCCAGAGUCUAAACGAGAAGAGCCACGACGAACUGCUUGAGGACGAGUGCUUCGAGCGGCCCACAAAGCGCUACAUGGACAUGCACUCGCCCAUGGAGGCGAAUGCCCAUCUACAGUGCCAUGCCUCCAAUCUGGAGCUGACCAAACUGGAGGAGCUCAGCUGUUUGGAACCAAAAAUACAAAAAACGCUUCUAUUGAUCAUGCGGGAAAUGAUUGGUACCGAACGCGACUAUGUGCGCUCCCUGUACUACGUAAUCGAGAACUAUAUCGACGAGCUGCUGCGUGAGGAUAUUCCGCAGCCGUUGCGCGGCCAGCGGAACGUGAUCUUUGGCAACAUUGAGAAGAUCUUUGAGUUCCACAAUUCUCACUUUUUGGGCGAGCUGGAGCGGUACGAGCGCAAUCCUCUAAAGGUGGGCGCCGCCUUCCUCGAAAUGGAGUCCAAGUUCUAUUUGUAUGCGCUGUACAACAAGAACAAGCCCAAGAGCGACACGCUGCUGAGCGAGUACGGCAGCUCGUUCUUCAAGCCCAAGCAGCUCCAGCUGCAGGACAAGAUGGACCUGGCCUCUUACCUGCUAAAGCCGGUGCAGCGCAUGGGCAAAUAUGCGCUGCUCCUGCAGCAGCUGGUCAAGGCGGUGAAGAGCGUGGAGGGCGCUGCGCUGCAAGAGAUCGCCGCCGAUGUCGAGGAGCUGCAGCGCGCCGAGGAGAUGGUCAAGUUUCAGCUGCGUCACGGCAACGAUCUGCUGGCCAUGGAUUCGCUGCGCGACUGCGACGUCAAUGUCAAGGAGCAGGGACGACUGCUGCGCCAGAACGAGUUCCUCGUCUGGCAGGGACGUGGCGGCAAGAAGACGCUGCGCCAGGUGUUCCUCUUUGAGGAGCUGGUACUGUUCAGCAAGGCGCGACGCUUUCCCGAUCACAAGAAUCUGGACAUUUACAUAUACAAGAACAGCAUAAAGACCUCGGACAUUGGUCUGACGGCGCACACGGGCGACUCGACGACCAAGUUCGAGAUUUGGUUCAGAAAACGCAAGCCGGACGACACUUGGAUGCUGCAGUGCAUGUCGGAGGACAUCAAGAAUGCCUGGACCGAGGAGAUAUCCAAGCUGCUCUGGAAACAGGCGAAGCGAAAUCGAGAAAUUCGCCUGGCGGAGAUGUCUUCGAUGGGCAUUGGCAGCAAACCCUGCCUGGACAUACGGCCCAGCAACAAUCAGAUCAGCGAUCGCUCCAUACCCCUAACCCAGCUAAACAAAACGCCCAAACUGCGUCAUGCGGAGCCGGGCAAGGGCAGCAUGCGCAGACCCAAUUCGCUCAUCUCGGAGAGCUCGUUGUCCAGUGGCACCAGCACCACCAGCAGCUCCUCCAUCAGCGGCGGCGGUGGUGGCUGCUCCUCGGGCAUGCAUGCGGCACACGAAACCGGACGCCACAGCCUCAAUCUGAGCUUCAGCAAACUGACGGGCAGCCACUUGGGCAUCAGCAGCAAUAGCGGCGGCAACAACAACAACAACAACAACAACAAUAAUCCCACGGCCACCUUGGAGCUAAUAAACGAAACACAGGCGCUUAAGCUGAGCAACAGCAGCGAGCCGGACAAUGCCAACGCGAGUUCUAGCCAACGAUAUGCCACGCCCACGCUCGUCAGCAGCGGAUCGAGCAGAAGCAAUAAGCGAAAUCACAAACGCUCCACAACAAUUGUCAGCCAGCUGUCCAUGGAGAGCGGCAUUCUGUCAGACAUGUCCAUCACGCCGGAUCAUCAGGAGCACGGCCACGCCCACGCCGCGGAGCAGUUGUCUGGCAGUCGGGGCAGUUGGUCCACAUCCACAUUCGGCACGGCAACAGCCACAGCCUCCACCUCGACGGUGAUCCUGCGUCGCUACAAGUCGUACGCCCACGCUGCCGAGGCAGCAGCGCCGGAGAGCAACAAGUGAGAUCGAAGUGGAAGUCGAAGUUGAAGUGUCGCAGUUUUCAUCUCAGUUUUCGAUGCCCGCAUAGUUAGUUACGAGAAAAAUGAAUACAUAGCUUUAGCGAAAAACGGUUUCAUCAGAUUCAGAUUUACAUAUAAUACAUAUGCAUACUUAUUAUUACUAUUAUUUUUUUGUUAUUUAUUAUUUAUUUUUGAUUUUAGUUGCGUUAAUUUUUUGUCAUCAAUUUUCAUCCUAUUGUAUUAUUUGCCUUGGAUGCAUUUUCUUACAUUUAUCACAUUCUCUGUUUUUAGAAAAUUUAAAAAUUAUUGAAUUCAAUGUGUCAAUGUCGAAAUAUAUUUCAUAGCUCUUAAUCAACCUUAAUCUACGCGUACAACCCACACACAACACACAAAUCGAGGGGCACACACACAAAGUGCCAGCCGAAAUGGGCGUUACCACGCCCAAAAGAAAAUCAAUCGAAAUCGAAAUUCAUAACGUACAGUUAGUUAAUAUAUGUAAAUUAAGUGCCUAUCUUUAGAUUAUCGUAAACAAUAUACAUACAUAAUUGCAUAUCUUUACAAAUAUGAAUAAUGUAUACAAUUAAGCAAAGAAUUGAAUAAAUGUUGCUUCGAAAUAUU